UGGUUCCCUGAGAUUCGCCCGGCCCUAGGAGGAAGCUUGUCUCCGGGGUGUGGGGACUGUAUCUGGAUCUCCAGCCUCCUGGCAGCAAUUCCGAGAGGGGAGAAGAAGUGUGGCUUGGCCCAGGCUGUGCAGAAAAUCCGAGGGUCGGGAGACAUCUUGUUCGAGCGGAUCUGGCUCCGGACUACAUUUCCCAGACACCGUGGCGGGUAUAGGGCUGACCCUUCACUCGCCUGCGGGACCCUAGGCCUCCGGGGAAGGGGAAGUGCAAGACUAUGCAGAUGGAAACAAGCACCUUUUACCAGAAAUAUAAACAAUAGGAUGAUAAAGAAACCCACAAAGGUAUUCUCAACUCCAUAUGGUAAGAGUAUGUUUGAUUUUGUAAGAAGCUGCCAAACUGUCUUCCAAAGUGGCUGUACCAUUUUACAUUCUCACCAGCAAUAAAUGAGAGUUCCUGUUGCUCCACAUCCUGGCCAGCAUUUGGUGUUAUCAGUGUUCUGGAUUUUGGCCAUUCUAAUUGGCCUUCCUUCUCAGAACACUAUCCUUUUCCAGGAGAACAGCCCCAAGGAGGAGUGAUCAUCUCCUGUAAUACUGAAAGCCAUGGCCCAGGGAUCAGUGAUGUUCAGUGAUGUGUCUAUAGACUUCUCUCAAGAGGAGUGGGAAUUCCUGGACCCUGCUCAGAGGGACUUGUUCAGAGAUGUGAUGUUGGAGAACUAUAGCAAUCUGGUGUCAGUGGGACUUUACAUUCCUAAGCCUCAAGUUAUCUCCUUAUUGGAACAGGGGAAAGAGCCCUGGAUGAUUGGCAGAGAGCUGACAAGAGGCCUGUGUUCAGAUCUGGAAUCAAUGUGUGAAACCAAGUUAUUAUCGCUAAAGAAGGAAGUUUAUGAAAUAGAAUCAUGCCAGAGGGAGAUGAUGGGACUUACAAAGCAUGGCCUUGAAUACUCCAGUUUUAGAGAUGUUUUGGAAUAUAGAAACCACUUUGAAAGACAAGUGGGAUAUCAAAAUGGGCAUUUCAGCCAAGAAAUAUUCACUCAUGAAUACAUGCCCACAUCUAUUCAACAGACAUUCUUUACUCUACAUCAAAUAAUUAACAGUGAAGAGAAACCAUAUGAAUGUAAGAAAUGUGGAAAGAUCUUUAGUCAGAAUUCACAAUUUCUUCAACAUCAGAGAAUUCAUAUUGGCGAAAAAUCUUAUGAAUGUAAGGAGUGUGGGAAAUUCUUUAGUUGUGGCUCACAUGUUACUCGACAUCUGAAAAUUCAUACCGGUGAAAAACCCUUUGAAUGUAAAGAAUGUGGAAAGGCCUUCAGCUGUAGCUCAUACCUUUCUCAACAUCAGAGAAUUCAUACCGGUAAGAAACCCUAUGAAUGUAAGGAAUGCGGGAAGGCCUUUAGUUAUUGCUCAAAUCUUAUUGACCAUCAGAGAAUUCACACUGGUGAAAAACCGUAUGAAUGUAAAGUAUGUGGGAAAGCCUUUACUAAGAGCUCACAACUUUUUCAACAUGUGAGAAUUCAUACAGGUGAGAAACCCUAUGAAUGUAAGGAAUGUGGCAAAGCUUUUACUCAGAGCUCAAAGCUUGUACAGCAUCAGAGAAUUCAUACAGGUGAGAAACCCUAUGAGUGCAAAGAAUGUGGCAAAGCCUUUAGUAGUGGCUCAGCACUUACUAAUCAUCAGAGAAUUCACACUGGGGAGAAACCCUAUGAUUGUAAGGAAUGUGGGAAGGCUUUUACUCAGAGCUCACAACUUCGUCAGCAUCAGAGAAUUCAUGCUGGUGAGAAACCUUUUGAAUGUCUUGAAUGUGGGAAGGCCUUUACUCAGAACUCACAGCUUUUUCAACAUCAGAGAAUUCAUACAGAUGAAAAACCAUAUGAAUGUAAUGAAUGUGGAAAGGCCUUUAAUAAAUGCUCAAACCUUACUCGACACCUCAGAAUUCAUACUGGUGAAAAGCCCUAUAACUGUAAGGAAUGUGGAAAGGCAUUUAGUAGUGGCUCAGAUCUCAUUCGUCAUCAGGGAAUUCAUACGGGAAAGAAACCUCACACAUGUGAGGAAUGUGGGAAGGACUUUAGCCGUAGCUCCAACCUGUCCAUCCAUCGGCGAAUACACACAGGCGAGAAGCCCUACAGAUGUGGUGUGUGCGGGAAGGACUUCAGCCGCAGCUCCAACCUCUCUAUCCACCAGCGCAUCCACACAGGUGAGAAACCGUUCAGGUGCUGUGACUGUGGCAAGGACUUCAGCCGCAGGGCAGCCCUGCAGAUCCACCAGAGUGUCCACACAGGAAGGAAGCCCCAUGCCUGUAAGGUAUGUGACCGGGGCUUCACCUCACGCUUUACGCUGGCACGACACCAGAAGGACCACACAGGAAACAAGGCCUAUGUGUGUGACACAUGUGGCCGGGGCUUCAGCCAGAGAGCCAGCCUCUACCUGCACCAGCGUGUUCACACUGGGGAGAGGCCAUUCCGGUGCAAGGCCUGUGGGAGGUGCUUCAGCUGGAGCAAGGACCUGGGUAUCCACCAGAGGGUCCACACGGGAGAGCGGCCCUACAGGUGUGAGGCUUGUGGUAGGGACUUCAGGCAUCGCUCGGCCCUCAAGAGGCACCAGAGGGUGCACACAGGGGAGAAGCCCUACCCCUGUGCCGUGUGUGGGAAGGGCUUCAGUCAGAGAGUCCACCUGCAGACGCACCAGAAAGUGCACUGUAGGGAGAGGCUUCCAGGAUUGGGCUCUGCACAUGCAGGUGCCUUCCACGGCCAGGGCGAAUGCCAGGGCAUGGGUGCUGAGGUGCACAACAUGGAUCAGGCUUAAUGAUGUAUGGCAUUUAUUAGUAUUUAUACAGAAAAGAGGACAGAUCAACAGCACUUAGAUGGAGAAAUAGAACAUUUUCAGCCCUCCCCAAAGACCUCUGCAUGCUUCUUUCCACUCACUCCCCACAAAGGGAGUCGCUAUCCUGACUUCUAAAACCAUAGAUUGAUUUUGCAAGUUAUAGAAUAUCAUAUAAGUGGAAUUACACAAUGUGUAAUCUUUCAUAUAGAACUUUAUUCACUCAAUGUCUGCAUCUGUGUUGUUGCAUGUAUUCAGAGGUUCAUUCAUUUUAUUACUGAGUAGUAUUCCAUUGUUUGAAUGAACCACUGUUUGUCCAUUCACCUGUUGAUGGGCAUUUACACUUGGGUUAUUUCCAGGUUUUUCAGGUUUUGUUCGUUAUGAAUAAAGCUGCUGUGAGCAUUUGGGUACACAUCUUUGUGAGGACAUAUACUUUAAUUUCUCUUGGGUAUAUACUUAGGAGUAGAAUUGAUGGGUAUUUUUUUAAAUUAAUUUUUUAAAAGAUUUUUUGAUGUGGACCAUUUUUUUAAAAGUCUUUAUUGAAUUUAUUACAAUAUCGCUUCUGUUUUAUGUUUUGGUUUUUUGGCCACGAGGCAUGUGGGAUCAGUUCCCCGACCAGGGAUUGAACCUGCACCCCGUACAUUGGAAGGCAAAGUUUUAACCACUGGACCAUGAGGAAAGUCCCUUGAUGGGUAUUUUAAAACUUGUAAAAAACUGGGCUUAGUAUUGUCUUGUACAUUGGAUUUUUACAUGUACUUGGAAAAUUUCAAACAAAUACAGAAAUGGAACAGUGUAACAAACACUCAUGUCCCCAUCAUCUAGCUUCAGUAAUCAAUUCAUGAUGAAUUUUGUUUCCUCUGUUCCACCCUGCUCCCUCACACAUAGUCCUGAAGUAUUUUAAAGUAAAUCCUAGACUAGGAUAUUGU